AUGGGCACCACCAACGAGAUGAUGCACCGCCACGUCCAGGCCGCCGUCCCGCUGCCCGCGCACUUCGCGGCGGCGGCCGGCGCCGGCGGCAGGGGCAUGGCGCCGGCGCAGCACGGGAGCAGGCAGCGUGCGGGCCUGCCGCCGACGCCGCCCACCGGGGCCGGGUCCCACCCGCUCCACGCGGUGGCCGACGCGUGCAUGCAGCAGAUGCAGGACGACUCGGCGCGCGGCCGCAAGGCGCACCGCCGGUCCCGCAGCGACGUCCCGUUCGGGUACUUCCCGCCGCCGUCGCCCAAGACGGAGUCCUCCGCCUGGGGCCUCCCCUCCGCCGCCAACGGCGGCGACGACCUGUUCAACGCGUUCAUGAGCAUGGAGGCGGCCGGCAUGGACGGGAUGAACAGCUCCGACGGGGACAGCCGCGGGAGCAGCAUGCCGGCGGCCGCCAACGGCGCCGACAGCAGCGAGAACGAGUCCGAGGACUACGGAGGCGGCGGGGAGAGCCAGGCGUUCCUCUGGGGCGACGGCGCCGCCGGCGGUGGCGGUGGGAGGAAGAGGAGCGCCGCCGGUGGGGAGCCGCCCGCGGGGGUGGCGGGCCGGCACGCCAGGAGCCUGUCCAUGGACAGCCUCAUGGGGAAGCUCAGCUUCUCCGCCGGCGGGGAGCCCAGCAAGUUCAGCCUCGAGUUCGGCAGCGGCGAGUUCACCCCCGCCGAGAUGAAGCGCAUCAUGGCCGACGAGAAGCUCGCCGAGAUGGCCCUCGCCGACCCAAAGCGCGUCAAGAGGGUGCUCGCCAACAGGCAGUCGGCGGCGAGGUCCAAGGAGCGCCGCAUGCGGUACAUCGCCGAGCUGGAGCACAAGGUACAAAUCCUGCAGACGGAGGCCACCACUCUCUCCGCGCAGUUGACCCAUCUACAGCGCGAUUCCUCGGGGCUGGCCACGCACAACAACGAGCUCAAGUUCAGGCUGCAGGCCAUGGAGCAGCAGGCGCAGCUGCGCGACGCACUGAACGAGGCGCUGACAGGCGAGGUCCAGCGCCUGAAGCACUCGGCGACGUCGUCGGAGCUCGCCGGCGACGCGGGCUCCUCCAGCAACCUUGCCCAGCAGAUGCAGCUCCGCUGCCAGAACCAGAUGCUAGAGCUGCACAAGCAACAGCAGCAGCAGAUACCGUUCUACCAGCUGGAACAGCCGGAGCAGAACGGUGGCGCGUCGAGGACUCACGAGUCCAAAUGAUGGGUUCAGGAGGGAGGACGAAGAUACGCAAGUUAAUAGUCCUUUAGAUGAUCUGAAAAAUGGUUUACGUUUCCUAACACAUUUGUUUGAUCUCUCGUCUGUAGCUGUUUGCGUCUGUCCGGGGAAAUAACCCGGCAGUAUUUUUUUUUUCUCUCUCUGAAUGCUUAUUAUUUGUUCCUUUCCCAACACACAUUGUGGCUGGAGCUAAAAUGUCUGAACUAAAUUCA